UUGUAUAACGGGCUAUUUGACCAAUCGUGAAUGAACGCGCCAGUAUAAAUUUAUACACAUGGGACUUAUCGGAUGUUCUAUAUCCCAUUGUGAAAUAGGGGAAUAUCAAACAAUCUUGAGUCAACGUAAUUUAUGGAUGAGUUGGAAUUGAUUUUCAAAUUUGGAGCUCUAUAAAUUCAAUUCUAUCAAUACGACGACCUUCACAGUGUAUUGUGGAAUGAAAGCAGGAAAUCAGUAAAAGGUUCGAUGGAAAGUCUGCACAGCUGAGAGCUAUCCCUUGGCCUUGAUGAAAGUUUUUGGGCCGAAUAAGGAUGGGUUACUCAGUUCCUGACAGAAUGCACCCCACACGUGCCUCACAGCACAUCCACUCCUUCCAAUGCACGCUGAGAUGUGCAUGUGGGAUGUGGGGUUUAUGGUCCGUGGGGAGCCAAUCUGAAUUCUUGCCCGACCGAGCAAUGCCAGCAUCACAGGCCUCGUACAGCACGGAAACAAAGCGUGAAUUUCUAACGCGUUUCACUUUUAUCAUAUGGACCCUCCAACUCCAAGUUCCUGAGCUCCAACAGAAAAAUUCCAAUCCAACAGUUUCUUGGAGUUGAAAAGGACAUCCUCCUCCAAAACUUUGUCUACUUUCAGAGUGACGACUGACGAUUGACUAUUUGCCAAUGAUUGAACAGAUCUCUCUCUGUGACUCUGUCUCCAAUUUCGAUCUUCGACUCAACUCAACUGCACAGACAGCUGAUUUGAUGUCAUCUCGUCGGAGGUUCCCUCUCUCUCUCUCUCUCUCUCUCUCUCUCUCUCCAUCUCGGUGCCCGACCCAAGUAGCCCUAGCACGUACCAGUUAGCACCGAGACGGAGAGUAACGCCCAACUAAUCAAUCCAUUCAUCGUUAAUGGCGUCCUCGUUAUCGUUUCUAUGCACCACUUAUUCUCCAUCUUCGUUACUCAUCUCGCCAAGAUCAAUCCUCUACUCCCGCCAUAUUCUUCCAACGGUCUCAACGACCACAACUACCUCUGCCAUUUCUCAGCAACAGCAACCAUUUUCCUCAACAUACAAAACAUUCCUUUCACCUUCCACUUUCCCUAAGGGGAAUCCUGAUUUGAACCGAUCAGUAAAGACCAAAGCUCAAUUAAGCUUCCCUCUCAUUUCUCCUAAGGACCAUUGGGGAACAUGGACUGCUCUCUUCGUUUCCAGCGCUUUCGGUAUCUGGUCGGAGAAGACCAAAGUCGGGAGUGCUCUGAGUGGCGCACUGGUAAGCACUCUGGUUGGGCUUGGAGCGAGCAAUCUCGGGAUUAUAUCUUGCGAAGCUCCGGCGUAUUCGCUCGUGAUGGAGUAUCUGCUCCCUAUGGCUGUUCCAUUGUUGUUAUUUAGAGCCGACUUGCGUCGUGUCAUACUCUCGACCGGCACAUUACUCUCAGCAUUCUUGCUUGGAUCAGUUGCAACAACAAUUGGAACAAUAGUGGCAUAUCUAAUGGUGCCAAUGCGAUCACUUGGUCAUGAUAAUUGGAAGAUAGCUGCUGCUCUCAUGGGGAGGCAUAUUGGUGGAGCUGUCAAUUAUGUUGCUAUUUCUGAGGCUCUAGCUGUUUCUCCAUCAGUUUUGGCUGCUGGACUUGCUGCAGACAAUGUCAUUUGUGCUAUAUAUUUUACAUCACUUUUUGCAUUAGCAUCUCAAAUACCUCCUGAGUCCACAACACCAACCAAUGAUGAUGUAAUAGAUACAGAGUCCCAGAUUGGGAACAAGCUACCUGUGCUACAGACCGCAACUGCUCUUGCUGUAUCUUUUGCUAUCUGCAAGACCGGCACUUAUCUCUCAAAGCUGUUGGGAAUUCAAGGAGGCAACCUUCCAUGCAUAACAGCAAUAGUUGUUAUAUUGGCAACUAUUUUUCCAGCACAAUUUGGCUACCUUGCACCUGCUGGUGAGGCUGUUGCUCUAAUUCUGAUGCAGGUAUUUUUUGCUGUGGUGGGUGCAAAUGGGAGCAUAUGGAAUGUUAUUAACACAGCCCCCAGUAUUUUCAUGUUUUCUCUGGUCCAGAUAGCUGUCCAUCUGGCUGUAAUCCUUGGAGUGGGAAAACUAAUGCAAUUUGACCAGAAACUUUUAUUGUUGGCAUCAAAUGCCAAUGUCGGAGGCCCUGCAACAGCAUGUGGGAUGGCCAGCACCAAAGGAUGGGGCUCUUUGGUUGUUCCUGGGAUCCUUGCAGGCAUACUUGGCAUUGCAAUUGCAACUUUUCUUGGCAUUGGUUUUGGAGCUAUGGUUCUUAAAAACAUCUAAGCACUUCUUUUAUUGUAUAUACAACAAUUUCACUGCUAUUCUAGCAUUCUACAUUAGCUCAUUAAGAGUUGGAGGUGCUAAAUUGUCUGUGUGCUUGCACUUGGUAGUGGUGGUAUUGAUCACAGCUUGGUCGUCUACAUUAAUCUAGGAACUUAGUUGCUUAUGUGUGGGUCUGCAGGAACAUGGAGAUGGGGAUGAAUACAAAAUGUACGAGGUUUACAUACUAGCAUGCUUAUAUACAGUACCAUUGAUCUGGGAGGAAAACCCCUAUUUUAUUGUGCAUUUUAAUGGUUCCCUAUUA